CCGACGCGGGGCUCAGUCCCACGAUCCUGAGAUCACGACCUGAGCCGAAACCAAGAGUCGGAUGCUUAACUGACUGAGCCACCCAGGAGCCCAAAGAACCAAUUUCUUAAGGGCCUGGCUGGCUCUGACCUCAGAUUUUCUUCCCCUGCCCAGCCUACUUCAUUCCUUCCUCUGUGGUCUCAAGUAGCCAUAGCUGUGGGCCGGGCUGGGAAUUCUUGUCUUUUCAGGAACUGGCUACUGGGUGAGCAAAUGAAAGAAGGAGGAGCUGUCUGUCACUUGGUGGCCUGUGGAGCCUCCCCUGACCAUCCAGGUCCCGGAAUGCAGUGAACCCCUGCCUGCCUGCUACCGUUCCCCAGGAUGGACCGUGGUGGCCUCCUGCCCUUCCAGCUGUGGUGCCCCCGGCCCUUUGGCACCUACUCACAGAACCAGCCACGCCCGCCUACCGCAGCCCUCAAGCCGUCGGCCUGCCCAGAGCCGGGCAGUGGGGCCGAGCCAGACCACGGGCCUGCCCACUCUGAGAACACCCCACCCACCUUGGCCACGGAGGCCCCUGCCUCCCAGCCGGCCCCGCUCCUCUCGGCAGCAGCUGCUGGCGAUGAGGGGCGAGUCCUGCUGGACACGUGGUACGUCAUCAAGCCCGGGAAUACAAAGGAGAAGGUGGCCUUCUUUGUGGCCCACCAGUGUGGUGGGGGCAGCCGGGCCAGCUCCAUGAAGGUCAAGGGGCACUGGGGCAGUGACAGCUCCAAGGCCAAGCGGAGGAGGCGCUGUCUGGAGCCUACGAAGGCUCCCCCGGACCCUGGGGGCCCAGAGGCACCCCCUGCUGCUGAGGGGGCCCCAGCCUCGGCUGGCGAGGACGUAGACCUGCUCUCCGUGGCCGAGAUGGUGGCGCUGGUGGAACAGCGGGCCGCCCUGGCACUGCAGAGCUACCCACGCCCUGGCCCCCCGGCCCCUGUGGUCUUCGUGUCUGCCGAGCAGGGCGGGCCCACCAAGGGGCUGGGGUCCGAACGGCGGUCCGGGGGCGGAGACUGCAGCCGGGUAGCCGAGGCAGUGGCCCACUUCGAGGCCCAGCGGGACAGCCCUCCAGCCAAAGGCCUCCGCAAAGAGGAGCGGCCUGGGCCAGGCCCCGGGGAGGUACGCAUCGCCUUCCGGAUCUCCAAUGGCCGAGAGCCCCGCGCCCCCGACGGCAGCUUGCCCAACGGUAGUGGGGGUCGGCCCGGUUGUGCCUACCCCGGCAGCCCAGGCCCGGGGGCCCGAGCCAAGGACAAGAUCACCUGUGACCUGUACCAGCUCAUCAGCCCGUCCCGGGACGCCCUCCCCAGCAACGUGGAGUUCCUCCUGGCACGGGCGGAUGAGGCCAGCGAGGGCGAGACGCCGGUCCCUGCCAGGCCUGAGGACACUCCCCCGGCCCCCCCUCCGCCCCCUGCCCGGGACUGUGGAGCGUCAGGCUUCCACGUGGAUGUGGUGGUGACGGGGGUGGUGGACGAGUGCAUCUUCUUUGGCAAGGACGGCACCAAGAACGUGAAAGAGGAGACGGUGUGCCUGACAGUCAGCCCCGAGGAGCCGCCCCCACCUGGCCAGCUCUUCUUCCUCCAGUCCCGCGGUCCAGACGGGCCCCCCGAGCCACCCCCGGCCGACUCCCCGGCCACUGCGCCAGGCCCGGACGAUGCCGAGGGGACAGCGGACACGUCCCUGUGCCGCCUCUACCGACACGUGUCCCACGACUUCCUGGAGAUCCGCUUCAAGAUCCAGCGGCUGCUGGAGCCGCGACAGUACAUGCUGCUGCUGCCCGAGCACGUGCUGGUGAAGAUCUUCAGCUUCCUGCCCACGCGGGCCUUGGCGGCCCUCAAGUGCACCUGCCACCACUUCAAGGGCAUCAUCGAGGCCUUCGGCGUGCGGGCCACAGACUCGCGCUGGAGCCGCGACCCCCUCUAUCGCGAUGACCCUUGCAAGCAGUGCCGCAAGAGAUACGAGAAGGGGGACGUGUCACUCUGCCGAUGGCACCCCAAGCCCUACCACCACGACCUGCCUUACGGACGUUCCUACUGGAUGUGCUGCCGCCGAGCCGACCGCGAGACGCCCGGCUGCCGCCUGGGUCUGCAUGAUAACAACUGGGUGCUGCCCUGCAAUGGCCCAGGCAGCGGUGGCGGCGGGGGCCGGGCUGGCAGGGAGGAGGGGAGGUGAAGCCGGGGGAGGGGGGGGGAGAGCCCCAUGCCCACCCCC